AUGAAAAUACAUACCGGAGAAAAACCUUAUUCGUGUCACAUCUGUGAACAUAGAUUUAUAACAAAAAGUCUUUUGCAAAGGCAUAUAAAAAUACAUACUGGAGAAAAACCUUAUUCUUGUCAUAUAUGUGAAUAUAGAUGUAUUAGAAAUAGUCAAUUGCAAAUACAUAUAAAAAUACAUACCGGAGAAAAACGUUAUUCGUGUCAUAUCUGUGAACAUAGAUUUAUAACAAAAAGUGAUUUGCAAAAGCAUAUGAAAAAGCAGUCAAUUGCAAACACAUAUAAAAAUACAUACUGGAGAAAAACAAAUACAAUGUCACAUCUGUGA